AUGGCUCUCCGAAGCAUCUUAGUCGCUCUCAUCUCCGUUCUGGGGACAUGGAUAGGAUCGGCCUCUGGUUUGCCAUCAUCAAAUAAUAGCAAUGGAGUGCAGGACCAGCCCGGAAAUCGUUUAGUCUUUGCACAUUUCAUGAUUGGAAUUGUGAGUGACAGAAGUAGCCCCUCUGCCUUUGACGAUGACAUGCAAAGAGCAAAGUCGCUUGGAAUUGACGCGUUUGCAUUGAAUAUUGGCGUGGAUCCUUAUACCGAUCAACAGCUGGAGCUCGCUUACGAGUCUGCAGCAAACAAUGAUAUGAAAGUUUUCAUUUCAUUUGAUUUCAACUGGUGGAAUACUGGCCAGGCUUCUCAGAUCGGGCAGAAAAUUGCCCAGUAUGCGAGCAAACCAGCCCAGUUGAUGGUUGAUGGCAAGGUUUUCGUGUCUUCAUUCUCUGGCGAUGGUUUAAAUGUAGCUGCUUUGCGAGCAGCUGCUGGGCGACCGAUUUUCUUCGCGCCCAACUUCCACCCAUCGUAUGGGACAGAUAUUUCUCCCGUCGAUGGAUUACUCAACUGGAUGGCUUGGCCAAAUAACGGGAAAAACAAAGCCCCCGAUCCAGGGUCCAAUGUCUCCGUUGCAGAUGGGGAUAGUGUGUACAUUAACGCUCUAGGAGGAAAGGCUUAUGUUGCACCUGUCUCUCCAUGGUUCUCUACUCAUUUUGGACCAGAGGUGUCUUACAGCAAGAAUUGGGUAUUUCCCUCAGAUCUGCUCUGGUACAAUCGAUGGGAUCAGGUACUCAAACUCGGCCCUCGCUUCAUCGAGAUUGUGACCUGGAACGAUUAUGGUGAAUCCCAUUAUAUAGGGCCACUGAAAUCACCUCAUACCGACGAUGGAGCCUCGAGAUGGGUCAAUGAUAUGCCCCAUGAUGGGUGGCUGGAAAUCUCGAAACCGUUCAUUGCCGCUUUCAAGAAUGGUGCAUCCUCGCCAAAUCAAUAUAUCACUGCUGAUCAACUAGUGUACUGGUAUCGACCAGCCCCACGCGGCACCAACUGUGAUGCAACGGAUACCUGCAUGGUCCCAGCCAACAACGGUAGCGGGAAUUAUUUCAUCGGCCGACCGGACGGAUGGCAGUCCAUGCAAGACUCUGUUUUCGUGGUGACCUUACUCCAGUCCCCAGCAUCUGUUCAGGUGAACUCCGGGGGUAGCGUUUAUCAGUACAACGCACCGGCUGGCGCAUAUGCGCAGGCUGUCCCGAUGAAUGUGGGCGUGCAGGCUUUCUCAGUCAGUCGUAACGGACAGAGUGUUUUGUCUGGAACGAGUCUUAAGCCUAUCAUCAACGGAUGUGUCUGUGGUCUGUAUAACUUCAAUGCUUAUGUUGGUACUCUCCCACCCGGAUUCAGCGAUCCUCUACAGCCCGACGGUCUAGCAGCUUUUUCCCAGGGCUUGCAUGUAACCACUUGUCGCCCGACACCUUCUUUAGGGACGAUUCCUCCAACCGCAACCACCACAUCAUCGACUUCAUUACCGCCAACUAGUACCUCUUCGACAUGCACUACUUCAGGCUGCCCUACAACUUCCCCUCCAAUUACAGGGACGGUGACUGUGACCGUGAGUGUGACAAAUACCGUCACCCAGACUGUAACCACUACUGUCUGUCCUGGUGGCGGUGGCGGCGGCGGAGGUGGAGGGGGAGGAACUGUCUGCACCGCGGGCACAGGUCCUGGAAAUUAUGUUGGGCUUUGCAACUUCUGUUGCGGAUACGGUUAUUGUCCACCCGGUCCGUGCACAUGUACUCAAUAUGGAAACCCUGCCCCAAUGCCCCCUUCAACGGGGGCAGGCGGAGGGCCUUUACCUGGCGAAGAUGACUCCUACCUUGGUCUUUGUAGCUUUGCCUGCAGCCAUGGAUAUUGCCCACCCACUGCAUGUCAAAGCCAUUGA